AUGAAUUUAAUUGUGAUCCCUUCAACAGCAUUUCGUCUUUCAUCUGAAUGUCCCCAAUGGCCGAAUCCUUUGUACAGGAACAAUGCAGUGUUGGGCACUGAAUUAAUCAGAAUUCAAUGUAUAACAUGUCAGCGAAAGAAAAGUAAAUUUAUUACUAACAAACAUUCCACAAACCAAGAUUAAAAAAAUACAAUAAACAAUUUACAGAAAAUAAUUAUUUACUUAGCUUGUAACAUUAUUUUCGAUACCCUUACAUUGUUUGAUUAUUAAAUUGCCAAAUCUGGGUUUUUUAGAGAAUCAAAAAAUUCAGAACAAAAUAUUUUCUUCUAGGUGGGGGUAUAAAUCUUUGAGAUUUUUUUAUUUUUAUGAAUAUUCUUUAAAACAUUAUUCAUUUUUUAUUAUAUUUUAACAAAUCAGAACGUGUUGUCUUCCUUCCAAAUGCUCAACGAUUACCUCCAUUAGCUUUUGCAAAUUUACCUUCGCCUAAUUUUAAUAAUCAACAACAACAAACUUUU